AUAUAGGCUCAUGCAUUGUUGGAUCUGGAUAUAAUCGCAUUCUUUACCGCUAGAGCCAUGGAAAGCAUCAUCCAAAAGGAUCGAUACUAGAGAGAGGAGAUUGCUCCGCCAGCCAUUAAAUUGAUUUAACUGGAAUAAAAUCUAUAGAAAUCAGCACUUCAAUGCCCCAACUCCUUUGGCUACAAGUUAGUAUCAUGAGAAUUGAAGCCUAUACCCUGUUGUGUGGUAAAAUUGUUACAGGGAGAUUGGACAUUGAAGCCAAAUAAUGAAAAUUCAGCAACCAGCACUUCUCCUCUUCUUUCUCCUAUUCAUCCAAUGUUGCUUGUGGUAUUCUACUGAGGGAUUCAAACCUUAUCUUCCCACUGAUCUUAGGAGGACAAGCUUUCCUAAGGGUUUUUUAUUUGGAGCAGCAACCAGUUCUUACCAAAUUGAAGGAGCAGCCAAUACAGAUGGCAGGACACCAAGUAUUUGGGAUACCUUCACCAAGGAAGAUCCAGAAAAAAUCUUGGAUCAUAGCUCAGGUGAUGUUGCUGAGGAUUUUUAUCAUCGAUACAAGGAGGACAUUGCUUUGAUGAAAGAAAUUGGUUUGAAUUCUUUCAGAUUUUCAAUCUCAUGGUCAAGAAUAUUACCUUAUGGAAGAGUUAGUGCAGGCGUUAACCCAGAAGGUGUCAAUUUCUACAAUUCUCUCAUUGAUGAGCUGCUCUCAAAUGGUAUAGAGCCCUUUAUAACUUUAUUCCAUUGGGAUUUUCCACAAGCCCUACAAGAUGAGUAUGGUGGAUUUUUAAGUUCCAGAGUUGUGGAUGAUUAUCGUGAUUAUGUGGAGUUUUGUUUCGAAGAAUUCGGAGAUAGAGUGAAGUACUGGGUUACUAUUAAUGAACCAAAUUAUUUUAGUUGUUUUGGAUAUGCAACUGGUGGAACUGCACCAGGUCGAUGCUCUGACUAUGUUGGAAAUUGUAGACUAGGAAAUUCUGCAACUGAACCAUACAUUGUUGUCCACAACAUAAUCCUUUGUCAUGCAACUGCUGUCAAAAUAUACAGAGAAAAGUAUCAGGCUUCUCAGAAGGGAACAAUUGGCAUUAUUGUGACAACAUUCUGGAAAGUGCCAAAAUUUCAAACUGCUGAGAGCAGGAAGGCUGCAUCUAGAGGCCUUGAUUUUACAAUUGGAUGGCUUCUGCACCCUCUAACAUAUGGUGACUACCCCAAAAGCAUGAAAUCUUUGGUCGGAAAUAGAUUGCCUAAAUUUAGUGAAGAACAAUCCAAGAUGAUAAAGGGAUCAAUUGAAUUUGUUGGAGUGAAUUACUAUACAGCAAGAUAUGUUGAUAGUUCUACUUCCUCUGCCAAUCUCAACUUAAGCUACACAACAGAUAGCCACGUUAUUCAAUCCACUGAGAAAAAUGGGAUUCCUAUCGGACAAAAGAGCGGUUCUAGCUGGUUAUACAUAUACCCAGAGGGACUUCGAGAUCUGAUUUUGUAUAUAAAGAGAAAAUACAAGAAUCCUCCUAUUUUUAUCACCGAAAAUGGAAUUCAAGAUAAUAGCUCCAUGCCAAUAAACGAUGCACUCAAUGAUAGCUUGAGGAUACAAUAUCACUAUCUUCAUCUCUCCUAUCUCCUGCAAGCCAUCAAGGAAGGAGCUGAGGUGAGAGGAUAUUAUGUAUGGUCAUUUGUUGAUGAUUUUGAGUGGGAAUUUGGUUACACGGUUCGAUUUGGCCUCACUUAUAUCGAUUACAAAAAUGGGUUGAAAAGAAUUCCAAAAUCCUCUGCUUUUUGGUUCAAAAGUUUCCUCCAUGGCCUAAAUGUAACCUCUGCAUCUUCUUCUUCUUCUUUCUUCUUCUCUGGAAUGACUUCAAUUUGAUGCUCAGCAUUUUUUUUAUUGUUAAUUUU